UCGAAUGAGAAGAGGGAUCUAAGUUUUAAUUCGAACGAUCUUAAGGUUGAGUUAGAAAAUCAACGAACUACGUGCUCUCGUCGAGGCGCACCUAGUGAAACACUUUUAAAGGCAAAAAACUGCGAACUGAAGAAUAAUCAAGAAAUAGUAGACAAAAUGGAUGCUGGUUUUGAGGGUAUCACCUGGGCAACAAUUUUACUUAGAAACACUUCGAAUAUUUUGACUAAGACUUUAGACGAAAAAAUUCAAAAAU